AUGGAGCUGCCGCUGGUGCCGAUCGAGGUGGUGGUUGAGUUCGUGCUGCCCCAUGCCUUCGACUCCUUCGCCCAGGCUCUCGAGCUGAUGCUCCUCUGCUCGGACGUCUACGAGUUCGCCACGUCGCGGUGCGCCUUCUGGGAGCCCUUUCUCGGGCGGCGGCUCGACGAGGUGGUCAUCCCGCGACUCCAGGCCGCCUACCACCGCUACGCUCCGACGCUCAUCCACCUCCUCCGAACGAAAUACGUGAUGUGGCCGAAGAGCAUCAUGGCCGACGAAACGUUGGAUGUGAUGCAGGCGGUCCGGUCGAAGGUCUUCGUGGUGGAGCAGCCGUACGUGCUGUGCGUGAGCUGCCGAGGCAACGGCGAAUCACCUCUGGUCUCGAUCGAGUUUCAAGAGUACCACGAGUCCGACGACGAAGAAAAUGAAGACGAAGAAGCCGAAGCUGAGGCCGAGGAAUCCGAAGCCGACGAAGAAGGCGACGACGACAAAAGAGAAGAAGAAGAAGAAGACGUGCAGGAGCCGCAAGACGAAGACGAAGGCGAAGAGCCGGCGGAAGAGGUGAACGAGGAAACCAAAGAGGGCGACGGCAGCAAAAAGCCGAAACACACCAAAGAACACAAGAUGCAGCUGGUUGUCGACAACGAGAUGUGGUGUUGCAAGACCUGUCUGGAGAGGGGCUUCUUCUUUGGCUUCUGCGAUCAGUGUCACACCGAUCCGCUCGUGCAGGCCAGGACUGAGCAUGCGGUGGCCGUCGGCAAAAGGCUGCGGCACGACAGCACGCACCUGGUGGAGGAGUGGCGCGAGGGUGUGGACGGGGUCAACAGGUGGGACACCGAGGCGCCGCACCCCAAGCUCACCUUCGCCGACGCCUGGGCCGACAGAAAGGCAUACACCCCGCUCUUCCUGCUCAAGCUCUACUCGCCCACCUUCACCGGCUACGGAUCGCCGAGUCUCUUCGAGGGACUGAUCAUCAAAGGCUGCAUCUCGCAUGGAAUCAAGUACACCGGCUGGAAGAUGGAAGUGCACAUCUACGAAGGGUCGUUUGGCGAGAUGGAGGGCUUCCCGCAGGGCAAGGGCCGCAUCGAAUGGGCCAGCGGGGUGCAGUUCGACGGCUGGCACAAGAUGCACGCGCUGCUCGGUCGCAAGCGGUGCUCGUUCGUGUUCGCCGACGGGGCCAAGUGGGAGGGGCAGUUGAUUGGCGGCCGCUUUAUGUUCACCUCCAAUGGCCCAGGCCUGCUCACCCUUCCCGACGGACGCCAGAUUCAGUGCAAGGCGGAGGCUGGACGCGGGCGAGGUGGGCAUUGCAUACAUCUGUGGACGGAGGACGGGAGCGAGAAGUACAUCGUCAACAGGCGGCUCCGCGGCGUUGUCGAACCCAUCGAGGACGAGUUUGAGGAGACCGAUUUCGAAGAUCAGACCUACAAUGAACAAUGGAGCGAUGACGAAGCGGCCAAGGACAGCGACGACAAUGACGACAAUGACGACGACAAUGGCAAUGACCUCGUUGGCAGCACCACCGCUCCAUCUUCGGAAGAGGCCACCCCUUCAACUGCUGAUAAGGAGACCACCACGCCCUGA